GACAACAAAUAGUUAUCGAAACUUAUUGUGUAUUUAUUUCAAUAUAGGAAAGAUUUUACCCUUUUUAUUUCAUUUUAUGUACAAAAGUUUAAGUUUAAAACACUAAGUAUAACAAUAAAAUUAUAAGAAAAUAACUGCUAUUUGGAAAACUAAGAAAAAAUUAUUGGGAAAACGUUUCAUAACAAUAGCAAAUCUAUUAAAAUAUAAAAAAGCCAGCUGCUGCAGCAGACAUUUUUUUUCACGGAGGCAAAAACUCUACAGUAAAAAGGACAACAAAUACGGAAGAACACAAAUCAGAAUAAAUUAGGAGGGAAAUACCAUAGAAUUGAAAAAUCUAUUUAGAAAUAAACAAAAUUUAGCCAAGAAAAUGAGUUCGAUCUCCAAUGUAGAAAACCUCUCGCCUCAAACAAUAAGACAAGUGAUGAAGGAAAUGCAAAGCAUGGUUGAAAAUCCCCUGGAGGGUAUAAAAAUACAAAUUAACGAUGCUGAUGUCACCGAUAUACAGGCUCUUAUCGAAGGUCCAGCUGGUACCCCCUAUGCCGGCGGUAUGUUUCGUGUCAAACUUACGUUAGGUAAAGAUUUCCCUCAAGCACCUCCAAAGGCCUUUUUCAUAACGAAAAUAUUUCAUCCCAAUGUGGCCGCCAACGGUGAGAUCUGUGUAAAUACCUUGAAAAAGGAUUGGAAACCGGAUUUGGGCAUUAAACAUAUACUACUCACUAUUAAAUGUCUACUUAUUGUACCCAAUGCUGAGUCAGCACUAAAUGAAGAAGCCGGCAAAAUGUUGCUGGAACGUUAUGAUGAUUACUCGCAGCGCGCUAAAAUGAUGACAGAAAUACAUGCUUUAGCCGCUAAAUCUACAGAUUCCAAAGAUGAUGAUGGCCCUAGUUCGAAAAAACAUGCCGUCGAUAAGAAACUACAGGAUAAGAAAAAGGAAAAACUUAUAAAGGAAAAAAAGCGUAUGCUUAAGCGAUUAUGAGUGGCAUUCCCAUCAUUAAACAACGCAAUAAGGAAAUAAUUACGAAAUACAUCUCCUUACGACAUUUUGCAACAAAAUAAAGAGCGCGCUGACUUACAAGGAAAACCUAACGCGUUGUGUUACCAACAUUUAUUUAUAAUUUUUAAUUUACUGCUGCACCACAUACACAUCAUUUAUUUACAACACUCCACAACAGCAUAUAUCAACCAACCAAACAUUAUUUAACAUCAGAUUCAUCAUCAUCAUCAACUGUAUUAGUUUAAUUUGUAUGUGUACAUCGUCUGUUAAAGGAAACUUAUCUCUCAGCAUUUUAAGACAAAAAAAUCUAACAAGAAUUCCCUUUUAUUUUUUUAUAUUUUGUUUUAUUUGCUUUGAUUUGCUAUUUUAUAGUUUUUCUUCUAUUAGCAAUUGUCCGGUAAAUUUUGAUAUAUUUUUGCUUAUAUUUUAAUUUUUAUUUCUGUUUUUAAUAUAAAAUUAACAAAACACAACAUCUUAAUUGCAUAAAACUAUUUAACGAUUACAUACAUAUUUAAUGUUUCCCCUUUUUUUCUUCUCUAUUCAUGUUAAAAAUCUUACGUUUUACUCUUAAAUAAAUUUAAUUUAAAUUAAUAAAAAA